CACAGUCACAGAAACCACAGAGUCACGGAAACGGCCAGGCUGGGAGUUUAACAAGGGCAAGUGCCGGAUUCUGCUCCUGGGACGGGAGACACCAACAAAUGGAAUACAAAUUAACUUAAGCCUACACGGGACUGGUGACACCUGAAAGAAGCUCAUAGGAGUUGGGAAGAAUAAGGGACUUGCAUUUCCUUUCUCUUCUUCCAGGGAAAGUGGAGAAGCUGUGCUCUGUGCUUUUUAUCUGGUGUGCUGGGAGUACAUUUUGGAGCAUGUUUGCUACUUAGCAGAGAAGUGAAAUUCAGGCACAAGAGGUUGUAAAUGUAAAGAGCCAAUAUGGGAGAAAAGAAGGCAGAACCAUUGGACUUUGUAAAAGAUUUUCAGGAAUAUCUUACCCAGCAGACUCACCAUGUCAAUAUGAUUUCUGGAUCAGUUACUGGCGACAAGGAAGUGGAGACUCUCCAGGGAGCUGGGACAGAAGGUGAUCAGAACGGUCUGGACCAUCCCUCUGUUGAAGUUUCACUGGAUGAAAACUCAGGAAUGUUGGUGGAUGGGUUUGAAAGGACGUUUGAUGGAAAGUUGAAGUGUCGAUACUGCAACUAUGCCAGCAAAGGAACAGCUCGGCUCAUAGAACACAUCAGGAUUCACACAGGUGAGAAGCCACACAGGUGCCAUCUGUGUCCCUUUGCCUCGGCCUAUGAGCGUCACCUGGAGGCCCACAUGCGAUCCCACACCGGGGAGAAGCCCUACAAGUGUGAACUGUGCUCCUUCCGCUGCAGCGACAGGAGCAACCUGUCCCACCACCGGCGGCGCAAACACAAGAUGGUGCCCAUCAAGGGCACGAGGUCUUCCCUGAGCAGCAAGAAGAUGUGGGGGGUUUUGCAGAAGAAGACCAGCAAUUUGGGGUACAGCAGAAGAGCAUUAAUUAAUUUGAGCCCACCUUCCAUGGUGGUGCAGAAACCAGACUACCUUAAUGACUUCACCCACGAAAUCCCAAAUAUCCAGACUGAAGCAUAUGAGGGCAUGGCAAAAACGGCUCAGAGUGGAGGGUUGCCAAGAGAUCCACAAGACCUCAUGGUGGAUAAUCCUUUAAACCAGCUCUCCACGUUGGCUGGACAGUUGUCCAGCUUGCCACCUGAAAACCAAAAUCCAGCCUCUCCUGACGUUGUUUCCUGUCAGGAUGAAAAGCCUUUCAUGAUCCAGCAGCCUGCUGCACCUGCAGUAGUUUCAGCUGUGUCAGCAAAUAUUCCUCAAAACUCAUCUCCAACCAGCCCAGAUCCUCGGCCCCCACAAAAUCAAAGGAACUAUAGUCCUGUGGCCGGGCCCAGCAGCGAUCGCAGCGCCCACACCAGUACUCCCAGUAUAAGUAACAGCCAGCCAAGUACUCCAGCUCCAACCCUCCCAGUCCAGGACCCUCAGCUUCUGCAUCACUGCCCACACUGUGACAUGUACUUUGCAGACAAUAUCCUUUAUACAAUUCACAUGGGAUGUCAUGGAUUUGAAAAUCCUUUCCAGUGCAACAUCUGUGGGUGUAAGUGUAAAAACAAGUACGACUUCGCUUGCCACUUUGCAAGAGGCCAACAUAAUCAACAUUGACUGAGACAUGCUUUGGUUUAGUUUUUUAACAUAUUACAGUCUAUUUUUCAUACUUGCUGAUGGAAAGCUUGCACAUUCCCAUAUGGAAUACUCACACUAGUCGAUUCGACAAAGGAGGCACAUUUAUUUCCGUGUUGUUGUAAAACUUGCCAGGGAAAUUUUGUGUAGGAUUUGGUUGUUAUUUUAUAUGUAGCCUUUCAAAGAAAGCCAAGAGUGCUGUCAGGAUUGGAAUGCAUUUACAUGCUGUGAUUGCUAAAUUUAAGUUGCUUACACUUAAUCCCAAUAAACAUUCUGCAAAUGGAGAAGCAGAGUGUGUGUCCUGAACCAUAGGAUGUCACUACCAGAGUAUUUACUAGGCUGGACAAGCCACAUUAUCCAUAAAAUAUGAAAGGUUAAUGCAGUGGCAUAUCAAGUAGUGACAGGACAAGGACUGCCAGAGGACAGGGUUAGACUGGAUAUUGGGAAGGAAUUCUUCCCUGUGAGGGUGGGGAGGCCCUGGCACAGGUUGCCCAGAGAAGCUGUGGCUGCCCCAUCCCUGGAAGUGUCCAAGGCCAGGUUGGAGGGACUUGGAGCAACCUGGACUAGUGGAAAGCAUCCUUGCCCAUGGCAAGGGGAUUGGAAUUAAAUCAUCUUUAAGGUCCCUUCCAACCCAAACCACUUGGUGAUUCUAUAUGGCUACUUUGGAGACAUAGUUAUCCUUAAAAACUUGGCUACUCUAAACCUGAAAAGCAAACAGAAGCAACUUCCACAUACAAAUUCAAUUUGAUGUAAAAGUUGCUUUAAUCCAAUGAAGGUUUAUAAUAAGUUUCUGUUUAGAAGCCUACACUCUUCAUUCUAGGGCUCAAACACUAAUUUAACUAUUUUAAAAACUCAUCACAAAACUAGAAGGUAACGGGUUAUUGGGAAUAAAACUCUAGUAGAAAAAAAAAAAGAGUUAAAAGCUUGUCAUUCCUGAGUUAUACAAACAAAAAAUUAAACAGAAUACCUUAUUUUAACCUACACUUUCCAAAAUUCACAUCUUUUUCAGAGGAGGUAAUUUUUAAACAGACAUAAUAAAGAGCUUGUAGAACUAAUAUAUAUUCUGUGAGACUUCUAACUGCCUUAAACUAAUUUGUACAGAUAUUUAAAAUUUGCACAAUUAGACUUCUGUCUUGCUGACAGGAGUGCUAAUGGGAACAAACAAGAGGUUUACAAAUUAAAAUUCCUUUGUUCAGUUUUAUGUUGGGCCAGGCUACAACUGAGACAUUGCCUGUAUGUUUGAGGGUUAUAUGAUCUAGUUUAUUGUAAAUUCAGCUGACUUGGAGGUCUCUUUUAUUCCCUCUCCCAGAUUUAAUGUCUUUUGGGUGUGCUGGAAAUAAGGGGAAGGGCCUCUGGCUUUUCUGAGCUGUCCAUGUAGGAGGCAAAGGAACUACAAUGGGUUUAGGAAUUUAUAUAGCAAAUGGUAACUGAAAAUUGUUAUUUUGUUUCAUACUGUACAUCUUAUUUUAGAAGCCCCCAGGGUAACGGACAGGCACUUUAAACCUAAAUAAAACAUCUGAGCAAAAUUAAUAAUAACCCUUAAUAUGCUAGAUAGGAAUUUGAGACAUUAAAAAAAAAGGAGAACUGUUACUUUUCCCAUAUUUAGAAGUGCACUUUUACUUUGGUUUGUCUUACUUGAGAAAAAUUUAAGCUUCCCUUGUAUAUUCCCUUUUUCCUGUCUGCAAAUUGGUUGGAAUCUGAGUAGCAAAUGUUUGGCUUAUGCAAAUUUAUAGUGUUCUGGGAGCUAAAACUUCCUGGAGCCAAUAGAAAAACACUAACAGUGACGUCAGUGUAAGGUCAAUGCAGGAAAAACCAUGUGUCUGAGAAUUUUAGCUUUAGAAGUAAUUUUGACUUUAAUUAAAUAGAAAUUUGGACACCAGGCAUGUUUCUCUCUACCUGACUUACCUGCUGUUGAUUUUCUGUGCUUAGGUAACCAGCUGAAGGGACUGGAUUGUUGGCUGUGCACAAUCUUGUAGUAAUGAGGUCAGAAAUCUGCCACUGGAGUGGUUCCAGCAUAGUGAAGAUGAACAAUAAUAACACACUGUCACUACUAAAAGUAAUUGGUUUCAGGCCUGGUUCAAAAUCCAGUUGGGUGGAUUUGUAAAGCAGGAUGUAAUUUCCAUUUUUCAUCAUUACACUCUUCAUCAUUCCAAAACAUCCCUCUGUUGCUUUAUACUUUUAAAAUUUAUUUUAUCAGUAAAAUUGCAAUUCUGUGUGCAUGGAGAGUCCUUUAUUUUAAGGACUAAAAGCUGACUGAACUGGAAUCCAGUUGGAAGUAACUGCUCCUGAACAGGUUUUGUAAGAUGCCUGUUCCAGUCAAAGAGGACAGGAAAGGUGGUUCCCUCUGCAUCACAUACUGGCAGAUUCUAAAAUCUACAUUUGGCUAAAAAUACAGUAUUAGGAUAAGAGAAUUAACUUUAUGAUUAGUAAUUUAUAGAAGUGGUUUUCCUUGCCUUUUUGAUAGAUAAUGCAAUCUCCUAUUCCGAGGCUCUAGCAGCUCCAAGGAAGCUUCUGGAAUGGUGGUGCUCCAGGGAGCACCUUGCAGUGUGGAAUGGCACCAGUCACAACAGCCAAGUUCUCCUUGAUUUGUGGCUCUAGCCUUUCUCCCUCCUGGUAUCAGCAGGGAGAUUGACUUCCAUGUGCACAAAUGUUUAGGAUUCCCUCCCUCCAUCCCAUCGAUGUGGUUUCUGAUCCAGUAGGACUUUUGCUGGCAGCGCCUGUAAACAGUUACAGACUUUUUUUUGUGUGACAGCUCAUGGUUUGGUGAUUUAGAAAAAUGACUUCUGAACCACGAUGCCCUUGGACAAAGUUAAGGAUAGGAAGCUGGUCAGGUCACUGGGAGUAAGAGGAAGCCUGCAGGAUCUGAUGGAAAAGGGGCCCUCAUUUAGGAGAGGAUCCUCAGUUGUGGAGAAAAUAUGUUCUUAAUAACAGAACUCAGUGUGGGGGAAAAAAAAAUCUAACCCCAAACCUUGCAAAUUGUUGUUUGGAAGGAUUUUAAUGCUGCUGCCAGGAUACCAUUGUUUCUGCUUUGGAAUUCCUCAGGAAAAGAAGAUUAGCCUGGACAUCUAUGAACAGCUGAACAAUGCUAGGAACACUUCCCUGUUUCCUUGGGCAAACUCCUCUCUGGAGGGGUUCCUGGGCAGCAGCAGCUUUGGUGUUUGUCCCUUGGCUCUGCACCCAGAUCCCUGGGGUGGAUCCCUGCAUCCUUCACAGAGGGUCACACCGGGGGUAGGAUUCUUCUUGUUUCCUCCUCAUGCUGUUGUGCCAAACAACUCCCUGACACUGCUGUUCCCUUCUCCACUGAGGAGCCUUGGAAGGGGUAUUGGCCUAUUUUUCAUAAUUUGUACAUCCUCUUGACUACAAUUUAAAGACUGGCAAAUUGUUUGAGAGUUUGAUCCUGAUGAUUCCCUUGCCCAAGCAGGCCUUACCCUGUCAGUGUGGGAUACUUGUCCAGGAUUCUGGGAUUGAGUUCUCAGUCAGAGGGACUUUUCAUAUCUAGUUCUCCAUGUGCUACAAUGCACUAACUUGCUUCUUUUUAAAAAACAAAUCCUCAUAUUAUAAGGUGGUGGGUGAUUAGCAUUUUAUUAACAGGGAAGUUUUGGAAGGAAAUGGAAUUUUUCCAUAGCUUGGUUCUGUUAGGUUCUGUAGUUGCAAAACACGAAUUUUGUGAAGUUUUUGUUUUUAUUGUAAGAGAUUAUUUUAUAGCUUUGUGGACAUUUCAACAUGCACUAUUCGUAGCACUCAAUACAGACUUAACUGAGACUGAAUAUUCCAAUAAAUAUUUGAACAUCUUAAUUAUCUCAGUUAAUACUUAAACCAACUCCAAAGCAGCUAAUAGGGGAAAGUAGUUGUUUUUUCACAGACACAUGUUUAGAUGAAGAGGAUUUUGACAUAAAAUGUUGGUUGGCAUUUUAAUAUAAAACUCAGUGCUGGGUGACAUGUUCCAGCAGUGUUUUCUAUCCAAAUAAUCUCUUGCUGUUUGUUUUGUUCCAGAAUGUUUGAGGGGGGUGUUGAUUUUUGUUUCUUUUUGACGAAGGGAAUGUAACUUAGAAGUCUUUACUGGCAAGUUUUCUAUUAAUUUUAAGCUUCUCUGAAAAUCUACAGCAAAUGGAUGUUCUGCUGCAGGAAAUCUCUCUCCUGCUGAAGCAUUUUUCAUUGAGCAAUCUUGGUGUAUGUGCUUCAAAGUACCUACUUUGUUAAUAAUAUGUAUUUCAGUGUAAAGAGCAUAUUUUAUGCAAAAACGAAACCUGUUAGAGUUGUAAAAUAAAUUUUAAUGUUAGUGAAUGUUUUUGAGAUGACAAGGUUAAUUCUGAAAUAACUCUAUCAUGUGUAGUUCAUGUUGUGAAGCUUUGCUUUUGUAAGAUAUGAAUAAAAUAACACUUUCUAAUUA